CAUAAGGUAGUGGCCCUCUAUCAGUUGAGGUGAAGCCAACUGGAGAAGUUCACAUACAUACUGGAUACCAAACUACCUCCCAAUAUGCCACAGUUGGAGACAGUCUCGCUGUGGAUCCUUCUAUUAUUCGUGCUAGCCCAAGUUGACGAUGCCGUACAGGAUGGCAACGUGUCACUGAUCCUCGGUCCCGACCCCCACACCGGCCUGGUCCAGAUCACGCACGGAGGGAGAACGGGACUUGUGUGUGAUGACGGCUUUGACGUUCACGCCGCUGAGAUCGCCUGCCGUCAAGCUGGCUAUCCGACAACUAACCCCCAAAUAGUGGUUGCCGGAAAAUUCCAUGAACUUCCGCCAUCGAUGACGUACAUCCUUGAUGACAUCAAGUGUUUCGGGAACGAGGCUACCCUCUCCGAUUGCCAACACUCCCCAUGGUUUCUGGAGGACUGUGGGUCGGGAGAGACGGUCGCCGUUUACUGUGAAGAAAACCCGUGCGCGAGCGCUCCCUGUGGCCAUAAUGCUUCAUGUACCAAGGUCACGACUCAUAACUUCCUGUGCACGUGUACUUCCGGUUAUACCGGAAGUCACUGCGAAUCUGAUAUUGACGAAUGCGCUUUGCAAAAUGGUGGCUGUAGCCACCAAUGUGUGAACGAUAUUGGCGGUUAUCGUUGUGAAUGCCCGGAUGUGGAACUGGACCUGUCACCAGACCAUCACUCGUGCGUUGCCACUGGGGAGUCCGUCAGUUGCACCUCACAGUCCAUGACCAUCACCUUCGACAAGGGUCACUUUCCAGGCCUUCAUGCUCAGCACGUCUCCUUGACCGACCCCAGCUGUCGCGCCACCAGCAACGGAACCCACGUCAUAGUAACCGCACCCCUAGGGGGCUGUGGGACAAAAUCCACCAAUCUUGGCGGCAAGAUCGUGUAUGCAAAUGUCGUGAAAUCUCGAGAAGAGGUAAUCGACGGCGUGAUUUCACACGUACGGAACAUAGAGGUUCCGUUCCAAUGCAUCGUACCCCUGUCUGAGAAUCUGGAAGUACCACUCCGUGUCGACAGGGAGGUCCUGACGUUCUCAGCGGAAGCAAGGGGGCAGUUUGAUACCAGACUGGAAAUAUUUCAAGACGGGACCUACCAACAGACUGUCCCCAACUCCUUCCUAGCGACCCCAGGUGACGUCGUUUACGCACAGGUUUUGCUCUCCUCUAACGGAAGUGACGUGAGGCCAUUUCCGGUCCGAUGCAUUGCGACGCCAACACGCAACACAUCGUACAACGUGUACGAUCUUAUCGAUAAUGGGUGUGCGAUAGACACGACCUUGACCUUCCAUUCAUCCCAUGAUGACGCCAAAGUACAGUUUUCACUAGAGGCUUUCAAGUACCUAGACAACUCCCCAGCUGUGUUCCUCAACUGUGACGUCACCAUGUGUAUGACGUCAGACACUGCGUUACGCUGCAGUCAAAAUUGUUCAGCAACACAUCGACGGAGACGUUCCUUACCACACGUGAACGGCAAGGGAGACAACCGAUGGCAUGACAACAACGGAGCGCAAACUGUUUUUGACGAGUCAACACUCAGCCAAUCAAAAGCUGUUCUGAUAACUGGGAUUGCGUCGUCGCUUUUGUCCUUGACCUUUCUGUUGUCUGUGAAACACCGCUCCGUAACAUCUUCUCGAAAACACAUGAGUCAACCAAAACAUUUCCCUUUGACGUGCGAAAUCAGGAAAUGCAUCAGUCGCACUAACUCCGUAAUAAAGAAUGAAAAGUAAUUUAUCAUGUU